CCGCCGCCGCCGCCGCCGCGCAGCCCACGCCUCGCCCGCACCAUGAUCGCCGCGGCGUUCCUCGUCUUGCUGAGACCCUACAGCAUCCAAUGCGCCCUCUUUCUCUUGUUGCUUCUGCUGGGUACCGUCGCCACCAUCAUCUUCUUCUGCUGCUGGCACCGCAAGCUCCAGAAAGGGAGGCAUCCGAUGAAAUCGUCUUUUCGGGCCGUUCCAGGAGCCGAGAUGCUGUUUUGAGAUCUCACCACUUUCGUUCUGAGGGAUUCAGAGCAAGUCCACGGCACAUUAGAAGACGAGCUGCUGCAGCUGCAGCUGCCCGUCUGGAAGAAGCUGCACCCAUAGUUGAAGUUCACCAUCAGAGUGAGCAAGAAAUUUCAGUGAGGAAGCGAAGAAUCAAGAAAAAUAGCCGAGUUCAACCAGAGUUCUAUCACUCUGUUCAAGGUGCUCCAGCCAGAAGACCUAGUUCCGGGAACGCGUCCUAUCGCUGCUCUAUGUCUUCCUCUGCGGAUUUUUCCGAUGAGGAUGAUUUCAGCCAGAAAUCUGGUUCGGCAUCUCCAGCUCCUGGAGACACCUUGCCGUGGAAUUUGCCUAAACAUGAAAGAUCGAAAAGAAAGAUCCAUGGGGGCUCGGUACUGGACCCUGCUGAAAGGGCAGUGCUUCGGAUAGCAGAUGAACGGGACAAAGUUCAAAAGAAAACGUUUACAAAAUGGAUAAACCAGCAUCUCAUGAAGGUUCGAAAACAUGUGAAUGAUCUUUAUGAAGACUUAAGGGAUGGACACAAUUUGAUCUCACUUUUAGAAGUUCUUUCAGGAGAUACCUUGCCAAGGGAGCGAGAUAUUUUGAAGACCUUACGAUUGCCCAGAGAGAAAGGUCGGAUGCGCUUUCACAGACUGCAGAAUGUACAAAUUGCACUUGACUAUUUGAAAAGACGCCAGGUGAAAUUAGUAAAUAUUAGAAAUGAUGACAUAACAGAUGGAAAUCCCAAAUUGACUUUGGGAUUAAUAUGGACAAUAAUUUUGCACUUCCAGAUAUCUGAUAUCCAUGUUACUGGAGAGUCAGAGGAUAUGUCUGCAAAAGAGAGAUUGCUGCUGUGGACACAGCAGGCAACAGAGGGUUAUGCUGGAAUACGGUGUGAAAAUUUCACUACUUGCUGGAGAGAUGGAAAACUGUUUAAUGCCAUCAUUCAUAAAUACAGGCCGGACCUGAUAGACAUGAAUACCGUUGCUGUUCAAAGCAACCUUGCAAAUUUAGAGCAUGCUUUUUAUGUAGCAGAAAAAAUUGGUGUUAUAAGACUUCUAGAUCCUGAAGAUGUUGAUGUCUCCUCACCUGAUGAAAAAUCAGUAAUAACUUAUGUGUCAUCUCUCUAUGAUGCAUUUCCCAAAGUACCAGAAGGUGGUGAAGGCAUUGCUGCAAAUGAUGUUGAAGUCAAAUGGAUUGAAUAUCAGAAUAUGGUGAACUACCUCAUCCAGUGGAUUAGACAUCAUGUGACUACAAUGUCUGAGAGGACAUUUCCUAAUAAUCCUGUAGAACUAAAGGCACUUUAUAGUCAGUAUUUACAUUUUAAAGAAACAGAAAUUCCAUCAAAGGAGACAGAAAAAUCAAAAAUUAAACGUCUUUAUAAAUUAUUAGAGAUUUGGAUAGAAUUUGGACGCAUCAAACUCCUUCAAGGUUAUCAUCCAAAUGACAUUGAAAAAGAGUGGGGAAAACUUAUUAUCGCCAUGCUUGAGAGGGAGAAGGCACUUCGGCCAGAAGUUGAAAGGUUGGAAAUGUUGCAGCAAAUUGCUAACAGGGUUCAGAGGGACAGUGUCAUCUGUGAAGAUAAAUUGAUUCUUGCUCGAAAUGCACUCCAAUCUGAUUCUAAAAGAUUAGAAUCUGGGGUACAGUUUCAGAAUGAAGCAGAAAUUGCUGGGUAUAUACUUGAGUGUGAGAACCUUUUGCGCCAGCAUGUAAUUGAUGUUCAGAUUCUUAUUGAUGGAAAAUACUACCAGGCAGAUCAGUUGGUACAGAGGGUUGCAAAAUUGCGUGAUGAAAUUUUGGUCUUAAGGAAUGAAUGCUCUUCAGUGUACAGUAAAGGCCGCAUGCUGACAACUGAACAGACAAAGCUCAUGAUAUCAGGAAUUACUCAAAGUUUAAACUCAGGAUUUGCACAAACCAUAAACCCUUGUGUGAACUCUGGGUUGACCCAGAGUUUGACACCUUCUUUGACCUCUUCUAGUGUGACAUCAGGUCUGUCAUCAGGCCUGACUUCUCGCCUGACUCCAUCUGUCACUCCUGCUUAUACACCUGGAUUCUCAUCAGGAUUACUUCCAAAUUUCAGUUCAGGAGUAGAAACAAAUUCAUUGCAAAGUCUAAAGUUAAUGCAGAUCAGAAAACCUCUUGUAAAAUCUUCUUUGCUGGAUCAGAAUUUAACAGAAGAGGAAGUCAACAUGAAAUUUGUUCAGGACCUUUUGAAUUGGGUUGAUGAGAUGCAGGUGCAGCUGGACCACACUGAAUGGGGAUCAGAUCUGCCAAGUGUUGAAAGCCACUUAGAAAAUCAUAAAAAUGUCCACCGAGCUAUUGAGGAAUUUGAAUCCAGCCUGAAAGAAGCAAAGAUAAGUGAGAUCCAGAUGACAGCACCUCUAAAAUUAACUUAUGCAGAAAAGUUGCACAGGCUAGAGAGUCUGUAUGCAAAACUCUUGAAUACAUCUAGGAAUCAGGAACGACACCUUGACACACUCCAUAAUUUUGUAACUCGUGCAACUAAUGAACUUAUUUGGUUGAAUGAAAAAGAAGAGGAAGAAGUUGCUUAUGACUGGAGCGAACGAAAUAACAACAUAACUCGGAAAAAAGAGUACCAUACUGAAUUAAUGAAAGAACUUGACCAAAAGGAAGAAAAUAUAAAAGCAGUUCAGGAAAUAGCAGAGCAGUUGCUUCUGGAAAACCACCCAGCCCGAUUAACUAUUGAAGCCUACAGAGCAGCAAUGCAGACACAGUGGAGUUGGAUCCUACAACUCUGUCAAUGUGUAGAACAGCACAUUAAGGAGAACACUGCCUAUUUUGAGUUUUUUAAUGAUGCCAAAGAAGCUACUGACUACUUAAGGAAUCUGAAAGAUACUAUUCUUCGGAAAUACAGCUGUGAUCGGUCAAGUAGCAUCCACAAACUAGAAGACCUUGUUCAGGAAUCAAUGGAAGAGAAAGAAGAACUUUUGCAGUAUAAGAGUACUGUGGCAAGUUUGAUGGGGAGAGCAAAAACAAUAAUUCAGCUGAAGCCAAGGAACCCUGACUGCACACUCAAGACUUCUAUUCCAGUCAAAGCUAUUUGUGACUACCGACAAAUUGAGAUAACCAUUUUCAAAGAUGAUGAAUGUGUUUUGGCCAACAACUCUCAUCGAGCUAAAUGGAAAGUCAUUAGCCCUACAGGGAAUGAAGCUAUGGUCCCAUCUGUGUGCUUUACAGUUCCUCCACCAAACAAAGAAGCAGUUGACUUUGCAAACAGAAUUGAGCAGCAAUAUCAGAAUGUCCUGACUCUGUGGCAUGAGUCUCACAUAAACAUGAAAAGUGUCGUUUCGUGGCAUUAUCUUGUCAAUGAAAUUGAUAGGAUUCGAGCUAGCAAUGUGGCUUCUAUAAAAACAAUGUUACCUGGUGAACAUCAGCAAGUUCUGAGUAAUCUACAGUCUCGUUUUGAAGAUUUCCUGGAAGAUAGCCAAGAGUCACAAGUAUUUUCAGGCUCAGAUAUAACACAGUUGGAAAAGGAGGUUAAUGUUUGUAAACAGUAUUAUCAAGAACUCCUUAAAUCUGCAGAAAGAGAGGAGCAAGAAGAAUCAGUUUAUAAUCUCUACAUCUCUGAAGUUCGAAACAUUAGACUUCGGUUAGAGAACUGUGAAGAUCGGCUAAUUAGACAGAUCCGAACUCCACUGGAAAGAGAUGAUUUGCAGGAAAGCGUGCUCAGAAUCACGGAACAGGAGAAACUGAAGAAAGAGUUGGAGCGACUUAAAGAUGAUUUGGGAAUGAUCACAAAUAAAUGUGAGGAAUUUUUCAGCCAAGCAGCAGCCUCUCCUUCAGUUCCAACCUUAAGAUCUGAACUCAGUGUGGUCAUACAGAACAUGAACCAAGUCUAUUCUAUGUCUUCUACUUACAUAGAUAAGUUGAAAACUAUUAAUUUGGUAUUAAAAAACACUCAGUCUGCAGAAGCUCUUGUAAAACUCUAUGAAACUAAACUGUGUGAAGAAGAAGCAGUUAUAGCUGAUAAGAAUAAUCUUGAGAAUCUUAUAAGUACUUUGAAGCAAUGGAGAUCUGAAGUAGAUGAAAAGAGAGAGAUAUUUCAUGCAUUAGAGGAUGAAUUGCAGAAAGCUAAAGCCAUCAGUGAUGAAAUGUUUAAAACCUAUAAAGAACGGGAUCUUGAUUUUGACUGGCACAAGGAAAAAGCUGAUCAAUUAGUUGAAAGGUGGCAAAAUAUUCAUGUUCAGAUUGACAACAGACUUCGAGACUUACAAGGUAUUGGCAAAUCGUUGAAGUACUAUAGAGAUACCUACCAUCCCUUAGAUGACUGGAUCCAGCAAGUGGAAACUACUCAAAGAAAAAUUCAAGAAAAUCAGCCUGAAAAUAGUAAAUCCCUCGCCACACAACUGAAUCAACAGAAGAUGCUGGUAUCUGAAAUAGAAAUGAAACAGAGCAAAAUGGAUGAAUGUCAAAAAUAUGCAGAACAAUAUUCAACUACAGUGAAGGACUAUGAGUUACAAACAAUGACCUACCGGGCCAUGGUUGAUUCACAGCAAAAAUCUCCAGUUAAACGCCGAAGAAUGCAAAGCUCAGCAGACCUCAUUAUUCAAGAGUUCAUGGAUCUCAGGACCCGGUAUACUGCUCUGGUCACGCUCAUGACACAAUAUAUUAAAUUUGCUGGUGAUUCACUGAAGAGGCUGGAAGAGGAGGAGAAGUCACUGGAAGAUGAAAAGAAAGAGCAGGUUGAAAAAGCCAAAGAAUUACAGAAAUGGGUGUCAAAUAUCAGCAAGACAUUGAAAGAUGGAGAUAAGGCUGGAAAAUCUCCCUUCUCAAAGCAAAAGAUUUCUAGUGAGGAAAUAUCAAUCAAGAAGGAACAGUUAUCUGAUACACUUCAAACAAUGCAGCUAUUUUUGGCUAAACAUGGAGAUAAAAUGACUGACGAAGAAAGAAAUGAAUUGGAAAAACAAGUGAAGUCUCUUCAAGAAAGUUCUAAAUUAUUUAAUGAAUCUCUGAAACAAUUAGAAGAAUCACAAAAUUUAGAAGACAUAAAGGUAGAGGAGAAGCUGGAUAAAGUGAUUGCAGGCACCAUUGAUCAGACAACUGGAGAAGUCCUUUCAGUCUUUCAGGCAGUGUUAAGAGGCCACAUUGACUAUGACACAGGAAUCAGGUUGCUUGAGACACAGCUAAUGAUUUCUGGUCUAGUGUCACCAGUAUUAAGACAAUGUUUUGACCUCAAAGAUGCUGAAAGUCGUGGUCUAAUUGAUGAACAAGUUUUCUGCCAACUCAAAGAACUCGAUAAAGCAAAGGAGAUAAUUUCUGCUAUGCCACCUACAACGGUUCCAGUGCUGGAUGCUCUUGCUCAAGGCAUGAUAUCAGAAUCUAUGGCCCUCAGAGUUCUUGAGAUACUAAUUUCCACUGGUUUUUUAGUUAUUUCAGCCACAGGACAACAGUUGACCUUUCAGAAGGCUUUUCAACAAAACUUGGUUCCCUCAGCAUUAUUUUCUAAAGUCCUGGAAAGGCAAAGCAUGUGCAAAGAUCUUAUUGACCCUUGUACCUCUGAGAAAGUCUCUUUAUUAGAUAUUCUACAAAGAAGUAUUAUACAAGAAAACACAAGAAUGCGGCUACUGCCUGUGAGACCACAGGAAGGUGGCAGAAUCACAUUAAAAUGUGGAAGGAACAUAAGCAUUUUAAGAGCAGCUCAUGAAGGUCUGAUAGAUCGUCAAACCAUGUUUAGGUUAUUAGGUGCACAGCUUCUUUCUGGAGGCCUUGUUGAUUGCAACUCUGGUCAAAGAAUGACUGUUGAAGAAGCUUUGGCAGAAGGGCUGAUUGACAGAGAUACUGCUAACAGUAUUCUCAUAUAUCAGGUUCAGACAGGUGGAAUCAUGCAUUCAAACCCUGCUAAGCGUUUAACAGUAGAUGAAGCAGUCCAGUGUGAUUUAAUAACUUCCAGCAGUGCUCUGCUGGUACUAGAGGCACAGCGAGGAUAUGUUGGCCUGAUUUGGCCUCAUUCUGGUGAAAUAUUUCCUGCAUCAUCUUCCUUGCAGCAAGAACUAAUUACAAAUGAAGUGGCAUGCAAAAUUCUGAGCGGCAGACAGAAGAUAGCUGCUCUUUAUAUUCCAGAAACAUCUCAAGUCAUUGGUUUGGAUGUUGCUAAGCAACACGGAAUUAUAGAUAACAAUACAGUAUCAGUUUUAAAAAAUAUAAUUUUUCCUGAUAGAAUGCCAGAUUUGGGGGAUUUAGAAGCUUGUGAAAAUUCCAGAAAAUGGCUCUCUUUUUGUAAAUUUCAACCAUCUACAGUCCAUGAUUAUAGGCAGGAAGAUGACAUUUUGGAUGGAGAAGAGUCAGUAGUAACUCCGAGCUCAGAGCAAACUAAAAAACUAUUUCUGUCUUAUUUGAUGAUAAAUAGCUAUAUGGAUGCCAACACGGGACAGAGGCUUUUGAUGUAUGAUGGAGACUUGAAUGAAGCUGUUAUUAUGCUGCUGGAAGGCUGUAGUGCAGAAUGUGGUGAUGAGGACACAGCCAUAAAAAACUGUCUUGAUGUCUUCACACUCCCUGAUGAAUACCUGGCUAAAGCUCCAAGUAAAGAAAAGGAAGAACAUACAACUUCACCAUGUAGUGUUGAUAAAUGUCUUUGCAUAGAGUCCAAACAUAAAAAAAUCCCUGAAGAUAGAAAACAUGGCAUAAAUGAAGAAUUUAAUGAAAGGGGAAGAAAUGUUCCCAGACAUGAUUUCUUUCUACCAGAAGGUCUGACAAAUAUAAUAGCAACUGCUGACAAAAUUAACAAUUCAUCUAUUAUCUGUGUACCCAAUUCCAAGUCCUUUUUAACACAGCCUGGACUUGCAAAAGUUAACAUGCUGAGACAAGACUCUGGAAACAUAUUUGAAAAAUGUGAAAAUCAAAGGCAAGUUCAAGCAAAUGAGCAUGCAGCUGAAUGUAGUCAUUUGGAAAAUGUUCAGAACCUUACAAGUGGUUUACUAACAAAUCCUAUAGCAAAAUCAAAAACCAGUAGACUCUGUGAUAUGAAUGAAACAGACAAUAAAGAUAAUAUAGGCAAGGUCUCAACUAUCUUUGACUAUUCCCCCAGGCUAAGUGCCUUGCUGAGUCAUGAUAAAUUGAAUUAUCAGGAAAAUUUUAGUGGUGUACACGUCACAGAGAGCAAGGAGAACAAAUGUGAAGACUCUGAGUUACCAUCUAGUAACAAAACCAUGUUACUGGGCCAAAGCAUAGGAGAAAAAUUCCAAGACCAGUUUCUGGGAAUUGCAGCUAUUAAUAUCAGUUUUCAAGGAGAACAUUCUCAACAUAAACCUUUAAAUACUGGUUCUGGUGAUCCUCAAGUUGAAUAUCACUGUGAUGAAUAUAUUUUAGAUACUUAUGGUAAAGAUGAAAAAAUGCAUGCUGCAUCUCAGCAGAAACCUGAAGAUGAUCAAAAUGAAUCCAUACUGGGAGAAUACUUUUGCACCACUACUUCAGAGGGUGAUAUUGAUAAUGCCAAUUUGUCUCAUGUUUGUGGUACAUCAUUCCUUGAAGAAGCUGUCAGUGCUGGUGACUAUGAAACAUCACUAAUGGCUGAUCAGCAGAAUGACACAGAAACAGAUACUGAUAGUGAUGACGAUUUUUAUGAUACACCCUUGUUUGAAGAUGAUGACCAUGAUUCUCUGCUUCUUGAAGGUGAUGAUUGUGAUUGUUUGCAACCUGAAGACUAUGACACACUACAAGAGGAAAACGAUAGGGUUGCUUCUCCCAUUGAUGUCUUUUAUGAUGUUUCAAAAGAAGAUGAUAAUUCUUUUGUCACCCAGCAGGAGUUUGUUAAUAACUUAAGUGUGAAGGAGAAAGCACAGAUGCUUCCAGAUUUUCUCAUAGGUUGUGAGACGGUUGAAUCAGAUUUUGGAGGAGGAUUUCAUUUAAAUUUAGUUGAUAAUAAGGUAGAAUUUGUAACUGGAGAAGAAUUUAAUUCUGAUUCUGGUCAUUUAGAUUCUGUGAAAAGUUGCUGGGAUUAUGUAUGUGAUAGUAAUGACCAUGAUGAUGAUGGUGAUGAUGAUGAUGAUGAUGAUGAUUACGAUGGGAAAUUAAGAGAUGAGAAUGAAAAACUCAUGUGUGAAGAUAAGGCUGAAAAUAUGGAUGUCCAUUUGUGUACUUCCACCAUAAAUGAAAAAGAAGAUUGUACUGAAAAUCAAAGUGUUAAUAAAAUGAUUCCUGUGGACAGAAUGCACUAUGAAAGCUUUUUAGAAAACAAGCAGAGUAUAAAUGUUUUGCAGUCAGAAUCAGCUAGUAAAAGUAGCUUAGUUACUGGAUGCAACUCUUUAGAAUACUCAGCUGAGGCUGUUGGAGACAGCAAAGAAAGUCUAUUCAGUCAUGAGAUGAUUCUUAAGGAUAUGUUGCUGCCUAUCACUAAAGACACUGAUUCAGAAAACACUACUGCCUCAGUAAGUGUUUUACUCAAUACUAACAUUACUAAAACUUCUAAAUUAGAUAAUGACUUAAUCAACAUAAAGACUAGGUUGAUUCAACGACUAGACUCUCCUGACUGUAUGAGCAGUAGAGACCACAGUAUUGAGAACAAGACAUUUCAAGACUCAUCUUUUAAUAAAAUCAUUACUUCUGGGUCUGAUUUAACAGGAAAAUCUGCCAUGGAAAGUCAUUUGUCAUCCAUAGCUUCUAUAAAUAACAGAGAUCAUCAAGAAAAUCAAUGGGAUCUAAUUAAAAAACAAGAUGACAAAAACAACACACUAAGAAAAGAUGAUACAUCAAUUCAUAAAAUUUGCUCAGGUAAAGAAGUGCUUCUAGAUGGUCUAGUAGAAGAUAAAAAAUCUUCCAAACUUUUGCCUGGUAAUAGUGCAAGGGACAGUCUUGAUUUAAUUAAUAGCCAGCUUCCGUUUCCACAAGUCACAAACAAACCAGAACAUAAUCAAAACGAGAGCCUUAUAAAAGCAACUCUAAUUACUAAAAAACCACAAACUGUGGCUAGUAAAAGUCCUGUUCAGCUUGAGGAUCUUGAAGGAAUAUUUGACUCAUCAGUUAGCAAAUUAACCAGUGAUGACAGUGCCUCAGACUUUACAUUGUCUGAAGAGGAUACAAGUAUUGAGAACGAUUCAUUCACUGUUGGAUCUGAGAAAGAACUUCAGCUGUUUGCUCAACUGGAACAUGGUACUAAAAACGUGUUAAAUCUGACUGAAGACGUCCUAAGCUGUAUCCUAACAACUUCCUCUCCCGUAAAAGAACAUUUGCAAUUAGAGGUUAGUAAUGCAAAAGACAAGGCAGCUCUUACACAAAAGCAUAUACCUGCACCUAUAAGUGAGAUGGUUCAGAGAAACUAUCUUUGUACGAAAGAAAGUGUCUCAGAAGGAGAAACAAGAAUUUCUCUGUUCAUGCCAGAAAGAAAUGAAAAUAAACUUUCAAUGUUAACUCUUAGAAAAAUGGAAGACCUUGAGGAAAACACCGAUUUUGUGCUAUCAGAAUAUUCUACAAAUGUAAUAGGGAAUGAUAAUAACUCCAGUAAAAAUGUUUAUACUGACUAUGCAUGCUUAGAAAUUAACAAUAAGAAGGAAAUAAUGGAGCUACAAACAGAGCGAGCCUUGUCUCCAAUACUACAAGAAAAGGAAGCACAGACUCCUGAACAACCUCAGGUGUUUGUUGAGGAUGAAAAGGAUGUCUUAAAAAGCAGAUUGAAAGAAAGCCAUGUAAAUCUUCAAGCUGUUGAAGAACCUUCAGCAUGUGCAGAUACCAGCAUUUUACUUCAAAAAUUAAUUAAAAGAAUUGGCACAUCACAGUUGAUAAAUGAAUCAUCAAAUGUGCCCAGUGACUCUAAAAUCACUGACUGUUCUGGAAUUUCCCCUUUGAAUAACUCUUCAUUAUUAAAAGUAGAGAGUGUAGGUAAUUCAUUCUGUAUUAAAAAUCUUAAGUCUGAGCUCCUUGACAUACUUAGACAAAAUCAGUGUAGCCAAAAAAUUACAGGAGCAUUUGAAUUGAUGAAAGAACUAACCCAGAUGGAGUAUGAUCUAGAGAAAAGAGGCAUUACAUCUGAUGUACUACAACUUGAAAAGAUUUUCUACAAGUUGCUUUCUGAUGGAUGUUCAGAGAAAGUAAAACAGGUUGAAGAUUUGAAUAAAAAAUCCUAUACUUUGGAGAUGGUAGAUAAAAUAUCAUGUGUCCUUGAUGAUCUUAAAAACAAAGAAGGAGACCCUUCUUCCCUUAAUUUACAAAGCAUAAAAGAUGUUAGACUAGAAGACUCUCUAUGUACAUCAAUAGUGCCAAGUGAUAAGAAGAUCCAGCAACUAUGCAGUGAUUUUCCAAACCGAAUGGAAUGUAUUUCUGAGUCAAAAGAGAUGAUGUCUAGAAGUAGCUCAAAGAAACAAUUUUCCAGUGAAUUACAGCAGUGUUUUCAGCACACAUCAAAAAUGCUUGAGUAUUUGGCUUUGCUUCAAGAUAUGAAACCCCCCUUAGAUGAAAAGGAAUUUCAGGAUAACAACCUAGAAGAUUUGAAGAAGCAACUUAAAGAAUUAGAGGUUUUUGAAUUGAGAAUGUCCCCAAUUGCUGUUCUUUUAAGAAAAGACAUGAAGUUGGCAGAAGAGUUUUUGAAGUCUCUUCCCAGUGACUUCCCUCAAGAACACCUUAAGAAACUGAGUACAAGCCACGAAAGUUUGCAGGAUGCUCUUUCUUCCCUCAGCAACUUGUCUUCAGAAAGAAUGAAGCACGUCAUGGCUGCCAUUGACUCUGAAAUGUCUAAAUUAGCAAUUGCCCAUGAAGAAUUUCUGCAUAAACUUGAGUCAUUCUCACUUUGGAUAUCAGAGAAAAACAAAUCCAUAAAGGAUAUUGAAAUUAUGAAUGUUCUAGAUACUGAACAUAUACAGAAAAAUCUGGAUUUCCUUAAAAAUGUAUUAAAAGAUCUUGGACAUACCAAAAUGCAGCUGGAGACCACUGCCUUUGAUGUGCAGUUCUUCGUUUCUGAAUAUGCACAAGAUCUGUCUCCCAACCAAAACAAACAACUCCUGAGGCUCUUAAAUACAACUCAGAAGUGUUUUAUUGAUGUGCAGGAAUCAGUAACAUCCAAGGUGGAACAUUUAAAGACUCAACUACAGUUAGAACACAAUCUUGAUGAUCAGAAGAUUAUGACAGAGCGCCAACAGGAAUACAAAGAGAAACUCCAGGGGAUAUGUGACCUGCUCACCCAAACUGAAAAUCGACUGAUUGGUCACCAAGAAGCCUUUGUGAUUGGAGAUGGCACAGUUGAGUUGAAGAAGUACCAGUCUAAGCAAGAGGAAUUACAAAAAGACAUGCAAGGAAGUGCACAAGCUUUGGCAGAAAUAGUGAAAAACACAGAGAACUUCUUAAAAGAGAAUGGUGAAAAGCUUUCACGAGAAGAUAAGGUUUUGAUUGAACAGAAACUUAAUGAAGCUAAGAUUAAGUGUGAACAGCUUAACUUAAAAGCAGAACAGUCCAAAAAGGAAUUGGAUAAAGUUGUGAAGACAGUAAUCAAAGAAGAAACUGAAAAGGCUGCAGCUGUGAAGCAGCUGGAAGAGAGCAAAACCAAAAUAGAAGAUCUUAUGGACUGGUUGUCAAAUGUUGACAGAGACUCAGAAAGUGUAGGGAUAAAAGAGAAACCGACAAUUGAGCAGAAUGGAACUCAUUUCCAAGAAGGUGAUGGCAAGUCGACAAUUGGAGAAGAUGAUGAAGUUAAUGGUAACCUGGUGGAAACAGAUGCUGAUGGACAAGCUGGUACCUCUGAGGAGAAUCUGAAUCAGCAAUACCAGAAAAUUAAGGCCCAACAUGAGAAGAUCAUCUCUCAACACCAAGCUGUUCUCAUGACUACUCAGUCAGCACAAGCAUUGAUUGAGAAACAGGGCCACUAUCUUACUCCAGAGGAAAAAGAGAAACUGCAAAAGAACAUGAAAGAACUGAAAGCUCAUUAUGAAACUGCACUGGCCAAAUCAGAGAAGAAAAUGAAGUUAACACAUUCUCUGCAGGAGGAAUUAGAAAAGUUUGACAUUGAUUACAGUGAGUUUGAACACUGGUUACAACAGUCAGAACAAGAACUUGAAAAUCUGGAGGCUGGUGUAGAUGACUUCAAUGGUUUAUUGACCAAAUUGAAAAGGCAGAAGAGUUUCUCAGAAGAUGUGAUUUCACACAAAGGUGAUUUGAGGUAUAUCACCAUUUCUGGAAACAGAGUAUUAGAAGCAGCCAAAUCUUGCAGCAAGAGAGAUGGGGUUGGCAAGGCUGAUCAGGAUAAUAUUGACACUUCUGCAACCCACAGAGAAGUUCAGAGCAAAUUGGAACAUGCUUCUGAUCGAUUCAGAUCUCUCUAUUCUAAGUGCAGUGUCCUUGGGAAUAAUCUUAAAGACCUAGUGGAUAAAUAUCAACACUAUGAAGAUGCUUCAUGUGGACUUCUUUCUGGACUCCAGUCUUGUGAGACCACAGCAAGCAAACACAUAUCUGAACCCAUUGCUGUGGAUCCUAAAAAUCUGCAAAGGCAAUUAGAAGAGACAAAGGCUCUGCAAGGACAGAUAUCAUGCCAGCAGGUUGCUGUAGAAAAGCUGAAAAAAACAGCUGAAGUGCUUUUAGAUGCCAGGGGAUCUUUACUUCCAGCCAAAAACGAUAUUCAGAAAACACUGGAUGACAUUGUGGGGAGAUAUGAUGAUUUGUCCAAGUCUAUUAAUGAACGAAAUGAAAAACUCCAGAUAACCUUGACUCGCUCACUGAGUGUGCAGGAUGGCCUGGAUGAAAUGCUGGAGUGGAUGGGAAGUGUAGAAAAUUCCCUGAAAGAACAAGGUCAAGUGCCCUUAAACUCUGUUGCUCUUCAGGAUAUCAUUAGUAAAAACAUGAUGUUGGAACAGGAUAUUGCAGGUCGUCAGAGCAGUAUAAAUGCCAUGAAUGAAAAAGUUAAGAAAUUUAUGGAAACAACAGACCCAUCGACAGCAUCCUCACUGCAAGCCAAAAUGAAGGACUUGUCUGCUCGGUUUUCAGAAGCAAGUCAUAAACACAAAGAAAAACUUGGCAAAAUGGAGCAACUAAAAACCAAAGUAGAACUAUUUGAGAAUCUUUCAGAAAAGCUUCAAACAUUUUUAGAAACAAAAACUCAAAAUCUAACUGAGGCAGAUGUGCCCGGAAAAGCUGUUACUGAAUUAUCUCAGUAUAUGCAGGAAUCAACUUCUGAAUUCUUGGAACACAAGAAAGUUCUUGAAGUUUUACAGAAUCUCUUGAAAGAAAUAUCUAGUCAUGGCUUGCCAGGGGAUAAAGCUCUUGUUUUUGAAAAAACAAAUAAUUUGUCAAAGAAGUUCAAGGAAAUGGAGGACACUAUUAAAGAAAAAAAAGAAGCUGUAUCAUCUUGUCAAGAGCAAAUGGAGGCCUUCCAAGUGCUUGUAAAAUCACUGAAGUCAUGGAUAGAAGAAACAACAGAAAAGGUUCCCAUUAUGCAGCCCUCUUUUGGUACAAAGGAUUUAGAAAAAUCUUUGGAAGAAACUAAGAAAGUACAAGAAAUGUGGAGUUUAAAAACACCAGAAAUUCAGAAAGUAAACAAUAGUGGAAUCUCACUAUGUAACCUAAUAAGUGCUGUGACUACCCCUGCAAAGGCAAUAGUAGCUGUUAAAUCAGGUGGAAUAGCAUUAAAUAGUGAAGGAACAGCCACAGAAACGCAGGACAUUUUGGCAAAUAAAGAGUUAAUAUCCAUCAAAAAGGACAUGGCUGAGAUAAGCCAUGGUUAUGAAGAUCUUGGCCUCUUACUUAAGGACAGAAUAGCUGAAAUGAAAACCAAACUCUCCAAACUGCAGAAGGCUCAGGAAGAAUCAACUGCAAUGAUGCAGUGGUUACAAGAAAUGAACAAAACUGCAACAAAAUGGCACCAGGCACCUACACCUACAGAUACUGAAGCUGUGAAGACUCAAGUUGAACAGAAUAAGUCAUUUGAGGCAGAACUGAAGCAAAAUGUAAACAAAGUACAAGAGUUGAAAGACAAAUUAACAGAACUGUUGGAGGAGAACCCAGAUACUGCUGAGGCCCCCAAAUGGAAACAGAUGUUGACAGAAAUAGAUUCAAAGUGGCAAGAACUCAAUCAAUUAACAGUUGAUAGACAACAAAAACUGGAAGAAUCCUCUAAUAAUCUAACUCAAUUCCAAACUGUAGAGGCUCAGUUAAAACAAUGGCUUGUGGAAAAAGAACUGAUGGUCAGUGUUCUUGGGCCCUUGUCAAUUGAUCCAAAUAUGCUAAACACACAAAAGCAGCAGGUGCAGAUUCUGCUGCAAGAAUUUGAUACUCGAAAACUUCAAUAUGAACAACUAACAACAGCUGGACAAAGCAUUCUGAGCAGACCUGGUGAACACCCUUCUUUCCACGGGAUUGUGAAAGAGCAACUGGCAGCUGUGACACAAAAAUGGGACAACCUAACAGGACAGUUGAGAGACAGAUGUGACUGGAUUGACCAAGCCAUUGUUAAAAGCACACAGUAUCAAAGCCUGUUGAGAAGUCUUUCCAAUAAGUUAAGUGACUUAGAUGAUAAACUCAGUAGCAGUAUGGCUGUGAGCACACACCCUGCUGCUAUGAACCAGCAGUUGGAAACAGCCCAAAAAAUGAAACAGGAAAUUGAGCAGGAAACAAAACAGAUUAAAGUGGCCCAGACUCUUUGUGAGGACUUGUCAGCACUGGUCAAAGAAGAGUACUUGAAAACAGAACUUAGUAGGCAACUCGAAGGCACCUUAAAGGCAUUUAAGGAUAUUGAACAAAAAGCAGAGAAUCAUGUCCAGCACCUACAGUCAGCUUGGGCAAGCUCUCACCACUUUCAGCAAAUGUCUCAAGAUUUUCAGGCUUGGCUGGAUACAAUGAAAGAACAAAACAAGUCUCAUCCAAUAUCUGCUAAACUUGAUAUCUUGGAAUCACUAAUUAAAGAUCAGAAAGACUUUAGUGAAGCUUUGAAUGCUCACUCUAAUAUUUAUGAAAAAACUAUAGCAGAAGGUGAAAAUCUGUUAUUAAAAACUCAAGGGUCUGAGAGGUCAGCCUUACAGUUACAACUUAACACAAUGAAAAUCAGUUGGGAUGCAUUUAAUAAGCAGGUGAAAGAAAGAGAAGACAAGUUAAAAGAUACAUUGGGAAGAGCCCUCAAAUAUAAAGAACAUGUAGAAACUCUCCAGCCAUGGAUAGAUAAAUGUCAGAAUAACCUAGAAGAAAUAAAACUUUGCUUGGAUCCUGCUGAAGCAGAGGAUUAUAUUACCAGGUUAAAAUCCUUGCAGAAGGAAAUGGACCAACACUUUGGGAUGGUAGAAUUACUAAACAAUGCAGCCAACAGUUUGCUCAAUGUCUGUGAGAUCGAUAAGGAGGUUGUUAUAGAUGAGAAUAAAUCACUGAUCCAGAAAGUAGACAUGAUCACUGAACAACUUCACAGUAAGAAACAUUCUCUGGAGAACAUGGCCCAGAAGUUUAAAGAAUUUCAGGAAGUUUCCAAAGAAGCCAAAAGGCAGCUUCAGAGUACAAAGGGGCAGCUAGAUGUGCACGAUUCCCUUGGACCCCAAGCUUACAGUAACAAGCACCUGACUAUGUUACAAACUCAGCAGAAAUCACUUCAGACUUUGAAACAGCAGGUAGAUUUGGCCAAAGAACUUGCACAGGCUCUUGUGGUGGAAGCCUCAGAUUCAAAGGGAACCUCUGAUGUCUUAUUACAAGCAGAAGCCUUGGCUCAGGACCAUGAUGCUCUCAGUCAACAGGUUGCUGAAAAGUGUUCAUUCUUAGAAACCAAGCUUCAGGGCAUUGGACAUUUCCAGAAUACUAUCCGAGAAAUGUUUUCUCAGUUUGCAGUGUUUGAUGAUGAGCUGGAUAGCAUGGACCCAGUAGGGAGAGAUGUGGGAAUUUUACAAAAGCAAAAGGAGGCUAUUAAAGACUUUCUAAAGAAACUAGCAGCCCUAAUAACAAACAAUGCCAAUGCCAAUAAAACCUGCAAGAUGAUGCUGGCCACAGAAGAAGCAUCUCCUGAUCUUAUUGGAAUCAAGAGAGAUUUAGAAGCAUUAAGCAAACAGUGCAACAAGUUACUGGACCGAGCACAGUCCCGUGAAGAGCAGGUUGAAGGGACAAUUCAACGUAUUGAGGAGUUCUAUAACAAAUUGAAAGAGUUUUCUAAUCUUCUUCAAAAGGCUGAGGAACAUGAAGAGUCACAAGGACCUGUUGGUAUGGAAACAGAGACAAUUAAUCAACAGCUUAAUGUUUUCAAGGCAUUCCAAAAAGAAGAGAUCGAACCUUUGCAGGUUAAGCAGCAAAAUGUAAACUGGUUAGGGCAAGGCCUUAUUCAGAGUGCUGCUAAAAAUACCAAUACCCAGGUUUUGGAGCACGACCUAGAUGAUGUUAAUGCACGGUGGAAGACUCUCAAUAAAAAGGUGGCUCAACGAGCAGCCCAACUACAAGAAGCUCUCCUGCACUGUGGGAGGUUCCAGGAUGCUCUAGAAUCCUUGCUUAGCUGGAUGGUGGAUACUGAAGAGCUGGUGGCCAAUCAAAAACCCCCAUCAGCAGAAUUCAAGGUAGUGAAAGCUCAGAUACAAGAACAAAAGCUUCUCCAAAGAUUAUUGGAUGAUCGCAAAUCAACUGUAGAGGUAAUCAAACGAGAAGGUGAAAAAAUUGCUGCAACCGCAGAACCGACUGAUAAAGUAAAGAUUUUGAAGCAACUCAGUCUCUUGGAUAGUAGAUGGGAGGCAUUGCUUAACAAAGCUGAAGCAAGGAAUCGUCAGCUGGAAGGUAUCUCGGUGGUAGCACAGCAAUUUCAUGAAACCUUAGAACCACUGAAUGAAUGGCUUUCAACCAUAGAAAAGAAACUGGCAAAUUGUGAGCCCAUAGGAACUCAGGCAUCUAAACUUAAGGAACAAAUUGCACAGCACAAAGCCUUAGAAGACAACAUCAUCAAUCAUAAUAAACAUUUACACCAGGCUGUUAGCAUUGGCCAGUCCUUAAAGGUUUUGAGCUCCAGAGAGGAUAAAGAUAUGGUGCAGAAUAAAUUAGACUCCUCUCAAGUAUGGUACAUUGAGAUUCAAGAGAAAAGUAACAGCAGGUCUGAGCUCCUCCAGCAGGCCUUAUGUAAUGCUAAGAUUUUUGGGGAAGAUGAAGUUGAGUUGAUGAAUUGGCUGAAUGAAGCACAUGACAAACUGAGCAAGCUCUCAGUUCAGGAUUACAGCACCGAGGGCCUUUGGAAGCAGCAGUCUGAACUUCGGGUUCUGCAAGAGGAUAUCCUACUCAGAAAACAAAAUGUAGAUCAGGCAUUACUAAAUGGUCUAGAACUACUUAAGCAAACGACAGGUGAUGAAGUUUUAAUAAUUCAAGAUAAGUUAGAAGCCAUUAAAGCAAGGUACAAAGACAUUACUAAAUUAAGCAUGGAUGUAGACAAGACUCUGGAACAGGCAUUGCAGCUUGCAGUGCAACUGCAUUCCACACAUGAAGAACUCUGCACCUGGCUGGACAAAGUUGAGGUAGAAUUGAGUUCAUAUGAGUCUCAGGAUCUGAAAGGGGAAGCAGCAAGCCAAGCACAAGCAAGACAAAAGGAACUGAAGAGGGAAGCUAAAAACAGCAAAGCUUUAUUGGAUUCCCUUAAUGAAGUGAGCAGUGCUUUACUGGAGCUGGUGCCAUGGAGGGCAAGGGAAGGGCUUGAAAAAAUGGUCACUGAGGACAAUGACCGCUAUAGAGUAGUGAGUGACACUAUCACUCAGAAGGUGGAGGAGAUCGAUGCUGCCAUUCUGAGAUCACAGCAGUUUGACCAGGCAGCUGAUGCUGAGUUGUCCUGGAUUAUUGAAACAGAAAAGAAAUUGAUAUCUCUGGGUGACAUCAUGCUUGAGCAAGACCAGACUUCUGCUCAACUUCAAGUUCAGAAGACAUUCACUAUGGAGAUUUUGAGACACAAAGAUAUUAUUGAUGAACUUGUUAAAUCUGGACAUAAAAUUAUGACCACCUGCAGUGAAGAGGAAAAACAAUCUAUGAAGAAAAAAUUGGACAACGUAUUGAAGAACUAUGAUGCCAUCUGCCAGACAAACUCAGAGAGAUAUUUACAACUAGAGCGGGCACAGUCUCUGGUUAGCCAGUUUUGGGAAACAUAUGAAGAACUUUGGCCAUGGCUAACUGAAACACAAAGAAUCAUCUCUCAGCUUCCUGCCCCUGCCCUUGAAUAUGAAACACUAAGACAACAACAGGAAGAGCAUCGGCAACUGCGAGAGUUAAUAGCUGAACACAAGCCUCAUAUAGAUAAGAUGAACAAAACUGGGCCACAGUUACUGGAACUGAGCCCAGGAGAAGGCUUUUCUAUCCAAGAGAAGUAUGUGGCAGCUGACACCCUGUAUAGUCAAAUUAAAGAAGAUGUCAAAAAACGAGCUGUCGCAUUGGAUGAAGCCAUUUCUCAAUCUACUCAGUUCCAUGACAAGACAGACCAGAUCCUUGAGAGCCUAGAACGCAUUGUGGAGCGUUUGAAACAGCCACCUUCUAUCUCAGCUGAAGUGGAAAAGAUUAAGGAGCAAAUAAGUGAAAAUAAGAAUGUGUCAGUAGACAUGGAGAAGCUACAACCUUUAUAUGAAACUCUGAAAAAAAGAGGAGAGGAAAUGAUUGCACGAUCUGGGGGUACUGACAAAGACAUAUCUGCCAAAGCUGUUCAAGAUAAGCUUGACCAAAUGGUUUCCAUUUGGGAGAACAUACACACUCUGGUGGAAGAAAGGGAAGCCAAACUACUGGAUGUAAUGGAAUUAGCGGAAAAGUUCUGGUGUGACCAUAUGUCAUUAGUAGUUACCACCAAAGAUACUCAAGAUUUUAUCCGGGAUCUGGAGGAUCCUGGAAUUGAUCCCUCAGUAGUGAAGCAGCAGCAAGAGGCAGCAGAGGCCAUAAGGGAAGAAAUAGAUGGACUACAGGAAGAACUGGAUAUAGUUGUAAAUUUGGGUUCUGAACUCAUUGCUGCAUGUGGGGAACCUGACAAACCCAUUGUUAAGAAGAGUAUAGAUGAGUUAAAUUCAGCCUGGGAUUCCUUAAAUAAAGCUUGGAAAUAUCGGGUAGAUAAACUUGAGGAGGCAAUGCAGGCUGCUGUUCAAUACCAAGAUGGAUUACAGGCAAUAUUUGACUGGGUAGAUAUUGCAGGUGGCAAAUUAGCUUCCAUGUCUCCAGUUGGAACUGAUCUUGAAACUGUCAAGCAACAGAUUGAAGAACUAAAGCAAUUUAAGUCAGAAGCCUAUCAACAACAAAUAGAAAUGGAAAGACUGAACCAUCAAGCAGAACUUUUGUUGAAGAAAGUAACAGAAGAGAGUGACAAACAUACUGUCCAAGACCCAUUAAUGGAAUUGAAAUUGAUCUGGGAUAGUCUGGAUGAAAGAAUUAUCAAUAGACAGCAUAAGCUUGAAGGUGCUCUUUUAGCACUGGGGCAGUUCCAACAUGCUCUGGAUGAACUGUUGACAUGGCUGACAAACACUGAGGGUUUGCUAAGUGAACAGAAGCCUGUUGGAGGAGACCCUAAGGCCAUUGAAAUUGAACUUGCCAAGCACCAUGUACUCCAAAAUGAUGUAUUAGCCCAUAAGUCCACAGUGGAAGCCGUUAACAAAGCAGGAAAUGAUCUAAUUGAAUCAAGUGCAGGAGAAGAAGCAAGCAACCUUCAGAACAAGCUAGAAGUUUUAAAUCAACGCUGGCAAAAUGUUUUGGAAAAAACAGAACAAAGGAAACAGCAGCUGGAUGGUGCCUUGCGCCAGGCCAAAGGGUUUCAUGGUGAAAUCGAGGAUUUGCAUCAGUGGCUGACUGACACAGAGCGUCAUCUGUUAGCAUCUAAACCUCUGGGAGGGUUACCAGAAACAGCCAGGGAGCAGCUGAAUGCCCACAUGGAAAUAUGUGCUGCCUUUAAUGUUAAAGAAGAAACAUACAAGAGUCUGAUGCAGAAAGGCCAGCAGAUGCUUGAAAGUUGCCCCAAGUCUGUAGAAACAAAUAUUGACCAAGACAUAAAUAAUCUGAAAGAAAAAUGGGACUCAGUGGAAACUAAACUCAAUGAAAGGAAAACUAAGCUGGAAGAGGCGCUCAAUUUGGCAAUGGAGUUCCACAAUUCUCUCCAAGACUUUAUCAACUGGCUAACACAAGCUGAACAGACCCUGAAUGUAGCUUCUAGGCCAAGUCUUAUCUUGGAUACGGUCUUAUUUCAAAUUGAUGAGCACAAGGUUUUUGCCAAUGAAGUCAAUUCUCACCGUGAGCAAAUAAUAGAACUGGAUAAAACUGGAACCCACCUGAAAUAUUUUAGUCAGAAACAAGAUGUUGUCUUAAUUAAGAAUCUAUUGAUCAGUGUACAAAGUCGAUGGGAAAAGGUGGUUCAACGGUUAGUAGAAAGAGGAAGAUCUUUGGAUGAUGCGAGGAAGAGGGCCAAACAGUUUCAUGAAGCUUGGACUAAACUUAUGGAGUGGCUAGAAGAAUCAGAGAAGUCUUUGGAUUCUGAACUGGAAAUUGCCAAUGAUCCAGACAAAAUCAAAACACAACUUGCUCAACAUAAGGAGUUCCAGAAAUCACUUGGAGCCAAGCAUUCUGUCUAUGACACUACCAACAGAACUGGACGUUCUCUGAAGGAGAAAACUUCCUUAGCUGAUGACAACUUGAAACUGGACGACAUGCUGAGUGAACUCAGAGACAAAUGGGAUACUAUCUGUGGAAAAUCUGUGGAAAGACAAAACAAAUUGGAAGAAGCCCUGUUAUUUUCUGGACAAUUCACAGAUGCCCUGCAGGCCCUCAUUGAUUGGUUAUAUAGAGUUGAACCCCAGCUGGCAGAAGACCAACCUGUCCAUGGAGACAUUGAUUUAGUGAUGAAUCUGAUCGAUAAUCACAAGGCCUUCCAAAAAGAACUGGGGAAGAGGACCAGCAGUGUGCAGGCCCUGAAGCGCUCUGCCAGAGAGCUUAUAGAAGGCAGCCGAGAUGAUUCCUCCUGGGUCAAAGUCCAGAUGCAAGAACUCAGUACACGCUGGGAAACUGUGUGUGCACUUUCUGUAUCCAAGCAAACAAGAUUAGAAGCAGCCCUGCGUCAGGCAGAGGAAUUUCACUCAGUGGUGCAUGCCCUCUUGGAGUGGCUGGCUGAGGCGGAGCAAACCCUUCGUUUUCAUGGCGUUCUCCCAGAUGAUGAGGAUGCUCUCCGGACUCUCAUCGAUCAACAUAAAGAAUUCAUGAAGAAACUAGAAGAGAAACGAGCUGCUCUAAAUAAAGCUACCAGUAUGGGAGAUGCUGUUUUGGCCAUCUGCCAUCCUGACUCCAUCACCACCAUUAAACACUGGAUAACAAUCAUCCGAGCCAGGUUUGAGGAGGUGCUGGCUUGGGCAAAACAACAUCAGCAGAGAUUAGCAAGUGCCCUGGCUGGACUCAUCGCUAAACAGGAAUUAUUGGAAGCUCUGCUGGCUUGGUUGCAAUGGGCUGAAACUACACUUUCUGAUAAGGAUAAAGAAGUGAUCCCACAGGAAAUUGAAGAAGUGAAAGCCCUUAUUGCAGAACACCAGAUCUUCAUGGAGGAAAUGACCAGAAAACAACCUGAUGUAGACAAAGUUACCAAGACAUAUAAAAGGAGAGCAGCUGAUCCUUCCUCAUUACAAUCUCAUAUUCCAGUUUUGGAUAAAGGUCGCACAGGAAGAAAGCGCUUUCCUGCAUCCAGCUUAUAUUCCUCUGGAACACAGACACAAAUUGAAACCAAGAAUCCCAGGGUCAACCUGUUAGUGAGCAAAUGGCAGCAGGUCUGGCUCCUAGCAUUGGAGAGGAGAAGGAAGCUAAAUGAUGCUUUGGACAGACUGGAGGAGCUGAGAGAAUUUGCUAACUUUGAUUUUGAUAUCUGGCGCAAAAAAUAUAUGCGGUGGAUGAAUCAUAAGAAAUCUAGAGUGAUGGACUUCUUCAGAAGAAUAGACAAAGAUCAGGAUGGAAAAAUUACCCGACAAGAAUUUAUUGAUGGAAUUCUUUCCUCAAAGUUCCCAACCAGUCGCCUGGAGAUGAGUGCAGUCGCUGACAUCUUUGACAGAGAUGGUGAUGGAUAUAUUGACUACUAUGAAUUUGUAGCUGCGCUUCACCCAAAUAAAGAUGCAUAUAAACCUGUCACAGAUGCUGACAAAAUUGAAGAUGAGGUGACAAGGCAGGUAGCAAAAUGUAAAUGCGCAAAACGAUUUCAAGUUGAACAGAUUGGAGAUAACAAAUAUAGGUUCUUCCUGGGAAAUCAGUUUGGAGAUUCCCAGCAACUGAGACUUGUUCGCAUCCUAAGAAGUACUGUGAUGGUUCGUGUUGGAGGCGGAUGGAUGGCACUUGAUGAGUUCUUAGUGAAAAAUGACCCUUGCAGGGUUCAUCAUCAUGGGAGUAAAAUGUUACGUUCGGAAUCAAACUCUUCAAUUACUACUACUCAGCCUUCUAUAGCCAAAGGAAGGACAAACAUGGAACUACGUGAGAAGUUCAUUUUAGCAGAUGGUGCCAGUCAAGGAAUGGCAGCUUUCCGUCCCCGAGGCCGAAGAUCACGGCCUUCAUCUCGCGGAGCUUCACCCAACAGAUCAACUUCUGUGUCUAGCCAUGCUGGCCAGGCAGCCUCCCCACAGGUCCCCACCACCAGCACACCCAAGAUUCUUCAUCCUUUAACACGCAAUUAUGGUAAACCAUGGUUGACAAACAGCAAAAUGUCAACUCCUUGUAAACCAGCAGAGUGCUCAGACUUUUCGGUGCCAUCUGCAGAGGGAACACCAAUACAGGGAAGCAAACUUCGACUUCCAGGAUAUUUAUCAGGAAAAGGCUUCCACUCUGGGGAAGACAGUGGCUUGAUAACAACAGCAGCCACCAGAGUACGAACACAGUUUGCUGAUCCCAGGAAGACUCCCAGCAGACCAGGAAGCCGAGCUGGAAGCAAAGCUGGUAGUAGGGCCAGCAGCCGCCGAGGCAGUGAUGCAUCAGACUUCGAUAUUUCAGAAAUCCAGUCAGUUUGCUCAGAUGUGGAGACUGUCCCCCCAACACACAGACCUACACCCCGAGCAGGUUCUCGGCCGUCUACAGCUAAGCCUUCAAAAAUACCCACACCACAGAGGAAAUCACCUGCUAGCAAAUUGGACAAGUCCUCAAAGAGAUAGUGCAAUGGCUUCUACCAAGGGCCUUCCUUGAGCAUUUAUUAUUUAAGUUGAAAGUUGUAAAAUAAAAUGUAGAAAUUAUUGUGAAAUAUUUGUAAGGGGCAAGUUUAAAAUUCUGCAGAUGGCCUUAUUUGUGUAUUUGUCUUUUUAUUUUAUCUGUAUAAUGUUUUGUCAACUAUUUUGGAGUUCAAGUCACAUCAUGUGAGGGCAGAGAAGAGAGUUUAAUGUGCACUAAUAUUUCUGCACUGUAAUGUGUGGAACAUACACUAAAAUCAAUUACUGUACCUACCAGUAAGUCCAUAUCCUCUCUGACAGCCACAUCACUAUAUUCAUAGCUAACAUUAAGGAUACCUCAUGACAUUUUCAUGUUUUUGUGGAAACUAAAAAGCCAAAUAUGGGAAUAUAUUUUGAGAUAACUUAAAUAUAAACUAAAAGAUGGAAGAAUGAAAGGCAGACACACCCAUACACUGUUCUUUAAGCAGUACCUGACUGAAAACUCACAGGAGAUUACUAUACACACUUGACAGUGCUGUGAUAUUCAAGAACCUUGCAUUUCUGUGCCAUUGCUUUACAGUAGGCCAGAGGUGUCCUGGAUAUUAGACCUAUUAUACUGUAAGACUAUAAGUAUAAAGUGCAUUCAUACAAAUGUGAGGUUUUCUUUUGCUUGAAUGGACAGUAGCACCUGUAUAAUUGAACUCAUUUUGUAUUAGAGCAAUUUUGCUUGCAGAAAGCUACAAAAUAAAACAUGUCCCUUAAUUACAUUGCUAUGGAGUUAAUUUUUCUUCCCCAGGGAAAAUCAGUGUAUUUUUUUAUGAGCAGUAUCAAUUUGGAGUGACCAAAAUAUACUUUAAAUGGGUUUAUUUUGAUUUCUCAUCUGAAAUAAUCAUGUUCUGGUAUUAUAUCUAUAUUUAAUAAAUAUAUACAUUUUAAUUUAUUAUGUAUACUCACAUACUAUAAAAAGAUAUUAGUAUGCAUUUAAUAAAACAUAUUCACUUGAA